AUGGAAACCAGAAGUAAGCCUCAGCUCCUCGUGUUCCUGAUGCUUUUUAGCAUGCUCUUCUCACAGACAUUGGCUUGGCCUCUUUUCGAAGCACCUUCUGCUCUGAGGUUAGGUGACAGAAUAUCAUUUGAAGAAGCAAAUGAACCUGAUCAAGAUUCAUUAAAAGCAGACACUGACAUCUUGCAAAAUGCAUUAGCUGAAAAUGACACACCCUAUUAUGAUGUAUCCAGGAAUGCCAGACAUGCUGAUGGAGUUUUCACCAGUGACUUUAGCAGACUCCUGGGUCAAAUUUCUGCCAAAAAAUACCUUGAGUCUCUUAUUGGAAAACGAGUUAGCAAUAACAUCUCAGAAGACCAAGGACCAAUCAAACGCCACUCGGAUGCAGUCUUCACUGACAACUACACCCGCCUUCGCAAACAAAUGGCCGUAAAGAAAUACUUGAACUCAAUUCUGAAUGGGAAGAGAAGCAGUGAGGGAGAGUCUCCUGACUUCCUUGAAGAGUUAGAAAAAUGA